CGCCAAUAAACAAAGGAGCAGAGACUGCAAAACAUAACAUUCUCAAACAUCCACUAUGUUCCUUCCCACUAUUCUGUGAAUCUCUAUUUCUCCACCCUUCUGGGUUCGUUUGUUUUCGUUGCAACGCGGAGGAGAGUGUAGUCCUAGGGUCAAGUAGGUGGAGAAAAUAAAAAGUUAACGAUAUUGACGAUAAGCGACAGACAACAGUGAGAAAGUGGCACCAGUUGGCAUUCCCAAAGACCGUCGUUUGAUCUGAGUGAGGUCUCCUCCUAGUUGGUGACGGUUACAGUAGGCGACACGGAGCCUCUACAUUACCCUGGCCAGGAUGCAGGAAGUGUGUCUGGGCUGAUAUUUUAAUCUGAUUUCAAUGAGGACCAAACGUGUGCUGCGCUAACUGGGGGUUGUCGUAGCAACUGUCUGAGAUGGGUUUUUCCCCAAGAUUCAAUAAGGUUAGAUUUCAAGUCUUUGACUAGUGGUGUGGAGGCCAAGAUGUCAUCGAAGAUGCCAAGCUCUAACAACAUAGCCCAGGCCAGGAGGACAGUACAGCAGCUGAGGAUAGAGGCCAGUAUUGAGAGGAUAAAGGUAUCCAAGGCCUCGGCGGACCUCAUGCACUACUGUGGCGAACACGCCAAAUACGACCCUCUGCUCAUGGGCAUCCCUGCCUCAGAGAACCCCUUCAAGGACAAAAAGCCCUGCACUAUAUUGUAGUGAACGCCUUUCUAUUUAUCUGUUUGCUUCUUAAUGUUGCCUGUAUUUUAUUAUCUGGGGAGAAUUGUGAUCUAAAACCAUUACUCAUCCAUCAAUCUUGCCUUAAAGCCUGUAACAUUACCCUUUAAUGAAAACGCUGUAUUUUAUCACUCAAUUUGAACUUGCCAUGACAUACAGUAAACAGUUUGAAUAUACGUUGGGACAGUGACUGUUAGUGUCUGUCUGAUUUAGCUCAGUGGAUGUAGCCGUGGUUUCCGUCCAUUCCUUUAACAAGUCUGUUAUAUGUUUGUCUUAAAUCGUAUCUGCUGUCAUGUGUGUUACAAUGACCGAAUGUAAUGUAUUUCAGGCUUUGGAGUCAUGGUUGGGACAUGUGACUGUAUUAUCCUCUCCCCAUUGACUCAUGCUGUUUAUUAAUAACUUCCUGGUUUAGCAGGGAGUCACCUGGGUUGUCAGUGACCAAUGGAGGAAGUAGACAUCAUCAGAGCCUUCUAUUAAUGUAAAGAACAGAAGUGUUUGGUUAGUGCAGAGGAGAUGUCAACUCAAUGCCAAUUGUCGGAUAGAAACCUGCAAUGUAUUGCUGAUGCAGGUCAUUCACCUAGACAACCUCAGUAUACAGCACUCCUCCCAGCCAUUUAAGCCAGCUGUUACAUAACCUUACACUGUGAGCCAAGUCGCCUUACUUAAUAUUUAUGAUAGUGAUCAUAUAAUUAAUGUAUAGUUUGGUAUAUUAAAGAGGAGUUUCAGGUAAAAGUAUUCAGUUGGGAGAGACCAUAGAAGGUGCAUCGGCUGGGCAUGUGGGUUGUUAUUAACAAUGUAAUAAAUGAUUUUCACUCCAAAUGUUUACUAUGUCAUGUAUUCAAGGCUGACCCCAAUGUCCAGAGAUAGUACUAAGUGUCCUGUUGAACAGUAAAGAAUAGAAUGUCCUGUAUGCCCUGUCGUUCAGCUGCUGGGAACAUGUCCCCCGUGACAAAUCUAGACGAACCGAACCAGAUGUAUCUGUGUGGUUAGCACAGAUAGGCUGGAAAGUAAAAUGAUUUUUGGGAACAAUGUAUCUUUAGGUGCUGAAUUUGUGAUUUCUAACUGAAUCGUGCCAUCGUUAUGUCUACGUCUUGUCACUAGCAAAAGAGAAAAGAAAACAUGUCGUACUUAUCUGGCGCUACUGUUUGUAUUGUUGGUGUCAGCCUCCCUCCUCUAAAAGGUACUUAAUUAGUCAUAAAGGUCUUGAAAUCAGAGACAAGGAAACCCAGUAAUCCAUUACCAAUUAUUCAGCGAUAGCAAUUGUAUCUCGACUAAGUUUCUUUCUAACAAUGGGUUUUAUUGCCAUAAACUUAGUAUGCUAAAUCAGGCUGCUGUUAAUUUGUGUGCCGUCACCAGAUAAUUGAUUCAACCAGCAUACCAGCAAUGGCCUUAAUGUACCUUUUGGGAGACUCUUAAGUGACCCUUGUGAAUCUGGUGGAUUAAAGACAUCUGUAUGUGGCUUUGUUCUCCAUAACACAUGAUGGAGACUUUGUUCUCUCUUUCCUACUGUUAUGAAACAUGGUUUUAUUAUUGCACCUUUUUUUGUCUGCUCUGCUUCUUUGAAGUCUUCCCUCUGUUAUUUUCUCUAGUAAGAUGCUAGUUUUCCUCAGGGAAGUAUUUUUUCAUUCGUUAGUCUGAUGAUGUGUACUACCACAGUCCAUUGUGCCCAUUAUGUUCGAAUAAUCGAACAAUGAAUCUCAGAAAGCAUAACAUUCAAAUGUAGCAUCCAAUGUCACUCAUAUCCGAAGGGAAUAAUUAACAAAUGCAUAGGGGAUGCAGACCAAGCUCAUCCAUAGGACUCAGCAGUUUGGUUCAGCUCCAGCCAUGUGGCCUAAAGAAAACUACUGAGAGUUAUCUAUGGCCUAGCCUUGCUUCCUCUCAUUACGUGGGGUCCAGCGGACAUGUAUUUAUACCUCAACAUGGAGAGAAUAGAAUAGGCCUUGGCCCACGGCCGUCUGGGCCCAGUGAACAGGAGAGAGCUAAACAUAGAAGGUGCCGAAACCCUGGUUUCCACUCUUCGAGAGAGGAGGAGCUAUUUUGGGGAUUUGUCGGCAUAGCCUGAAGCUUGUUCCCCUUGAUUUGCUGUCCUUGUUUUUGGGCAGCUGGUGGGUAAACAUGUUUUUUUCACUAUGAGGAAAAUGGUGGAUCAUAACCGAAAGAGACAUCUUAGCUAUUGUUCCCUCUUGCACAGGGUUCAUCUCUGCAGCUGGGAAAGCUAGGCACAGUUUUACUAUCUUACAGUGGAAGCCUUAAGGCACAGUGUCCUGCAGAAUCCUGCCUGCACAGUAGCAGUGUAUUGAUAUCAGCUCUAAGCAGACGUAUCAGCCAUGAAGCACACAGUGUAAUCCUGGUGAGCGCAAUAUCAUUGUGUUCCAGAGCGAGUCUGCUGGGCACAUUGCUAAGGCCGACUGACCACGUGCCUCCCUCUGUGAAAGCUUGGCAGUUACAGUGUCAGUGUGUUGGAAUGUG